AUGUGCAAAUCAACCGACUAUCAAUCCACAAAGGAACGAACUGUUCUAAAGGCAGUAUCAAGUAAUUCGUCUUCUCGAAAACGAUCGCUCCGACAACGAAGAGUAUGCUUCAAUUUCUUUUUCGAAGACGCAGCAGCAGCUCCUUCUCCAAUUACGGAAAUCACACAGGAGCAUCUUACCAACAAUUGGUAUUCCAAGAGAGAUAUCCGUGCUUUCAGGGAACAAGCCAAAGAAUUGGUCUUGAGUGGUCUUCCUUCCAAUGAGGAAACCUUUGGGCUGGAACGAUACAAAUUGGAACGUUCCCGACAGAAGAAAUCUACUGUGAAGUAUGUGGUUUUGUCCCAAAAGGUCGUUAAGGACCCCGGAUUCCAAAGGUACAUUUCUCGCCGCAGAACAUCCACUUCCAAAGAAGCAGCUUUGAACCAGGCACUUGAGAACUUUUGUGAAGUUUACGAUCCGCUUAGUUCCUUGUUGGAAGGCGGCUUCUUGUUGGGCAACUACAAUGACGAUUGCUUUUUUGCCAAUAACCUGGCCAUCAUUCACAAGAUAUCACACAGAAAUGAGCCAACCAGAAGAGUUCGUCAACCAAGUAUUGUUGUUGAAUGCUAG